AUGCAAAUGAGCAUUAUCGAAGAUGAAUGGUAUUUAUACCGUAUGCAAUUCCAAGAAUGCCUGUAUAGAAACACUACUGGUGCCAUGGUGGUCCUAAUUCUCCUUUUUGUGAUAACAACAAAUUCAUUCGUGUUUAAUAAUGAAACGGUUUGCGAAUCGAACAUUACAAGCAGUUUACGACAAUUCAUUACUGAAUUUCAUAAUAAAAUUCGAUCGAAUCUUGCACGCGGUUAUAUUGAAGGAUACGAAAAUGGAACAAAUAUAUACGCACUGAAAUGGGAUUGUGAACUGGAAAAAUUAGCGCAUGAGAGAGCGAAUAGCUGUACAACAAGUAGAGAAUUGGAUCGUUUUGCAGAAAAAAUUGGAGAAAGCAUCUAUGAACAAAAUCGAAAUGAAUCGAAAAAUAAUGUUCUUCUUAGUGCAAAAAAAGGUGAAUUGUACAAAACUGGAUAUAUAUGUGAAUCGUCGAGGGAUUGUACUACUUACAAAGGAUCAGUUUGUAAAUUGGACACGAAACUGUGUGAUUUGCGCAGUGAGGCCGAAAUACAGAACUCGUUUCAUACUCUUCUUGCAUCAAAUGUGAUCGCUCAAUUAUGUAAUAAAAAAAUUAUGGGCGAUGAUAUACGCAAUGAUAUACUUUUCGAACAUAAUUUAUUUCGAUCUCAGUUAGCACAUGGCAAUAUUGAAUUUUUUUCAUCUGGAUCGAAUAUUUAUUCACUGAAAUGGAGUUGUGAAUUAGAAAGAUUGGCUCAACGAUAUGCAGAUGCUUGUAUAAUGUCGCGCAAUCAGGAUGUGUCAUAUGAAACAGGCCAAAAUGCUUUUAAAAUUAAGACCGAUGGAAAUUCCUCAACGGGUAAUCAAUUGAAACUUCUUUUAAUGAUUUUAUAUGGGAAAACCUUAUUAGUCGGCUGUGGUAUCCAUAAAUGCCCUGGAAUGGAAGUUAUUGUCGUUUGCCAAUACUGGCCGAAGGCGACACCUGGUCCUUUAUAUCAACAAGGUCCAUCUUGCGAGACAGAUGAUUAUUGCGAUGCUUAUAACCAAUCUUCUUGCCAAGCUGAGAUGGGUUUGUGCCAGAUACCGGAUCAUUUCGUAUUUCCUGAUCCUUUUUAUGCAGUAGAGCUCCAGACUACUCCAAUAACAGAUGUUCGCACUACAGAAGAUGCUAAUUUUACUGCAGAAAAAGUAUCCAACUCAUCGGAAAGUAGUGAAAAAAUUAUUGAAGACAAUGAAAAACAAUACUGUGGUAGUGACACAAAGCUUCUUAACACCCAUCGUUCUCUACUGAAGAAGAAACAUGAAGAAUACAGAAAGAAACUUGCAAAUGGUGCCGUUCUUCGUAAUUUCGCGAGUAUUGAAGAGGAUUUGCUUUUUGAAUUGUACUGGAACUGUGAAUUGGAAAGAGAAGCUCAAAGGGAAGCUGAAAAGUGUGCCAUGCCUCCUCGCGAAGCCGAAUGCAAUUACUAUAGGGCUAAUAUUUAUAAUUUCGAAUUUAACAAUUUAUCUAUUUUUCUGGAACAAAAGAUUGAUCAAGCAAUUAGAAAUUGGUGGGGAAAUGCAAAUAAUAUUGAUCAUCUCUACAAUACACGAUUUGAAGCCAGAAGCAUAGGUUGUGGCAUUUCAAUAUGCGUUGGUAACAAUCUACAAAUGGUAUUUGAUAUCGUUUGCCGCUAUUCGCAGAUGUAA